UUUCAGAAAGUAUUGCAUGUAGUGUCUAUAUAGAUACAACUUGUAUAAACAUUGCACACACAUCCACGAAAAAACGGAAGAAAAUCCGGUGGCGCCUAAAUCACUGCACUAUAAUAGUUUAAAAACUUAUAAUAUAAUAAGAGCUUUGAGUAUUCAAUCUUAUUAUAAUUAGUCUUCCCAAGGCAAACAACCAUAAACGAGAAGAAAGUGACAGAGAGAGAAAAAGUGAGACUCAAACUCCAACGUCGCCUUCAUCAACCUCUUAGCUCCGCCGCAGCCACCAUUACCACCACCGUCGCCGGGUAAAAUUUCAAUCUUUUUUCCCCCCGGCCAGAGAGUUUAUCCAUGAAGUGUGAAGACCUCACUCUUAACUUCACAUGGUUAUUAUCUACAGUUAUUGUUCUUGCUGUUCUUGUUCUGCAAUGGUUUAGUGUAAACCCUAAGCAAUCAGAAAGCAAAGCCCCUGCACAUGCUUCUUGUCUCCUCAAGGUUCAACAAAAGAAAAAGAUAAGAGAGCUUUUCUUUUCUUUCCUCAUCUUCCAUUACACCACCACCACCAAUUGAAUCUCCAAUCAUUCCAUUACCAAAGAUGGAGAAAGAACCAAACCAUUUCACCAGUUUAUGUCCUUUCAACCAUUUUUUCAUUUUAAAGUGGAAAUCUUUCGAUUGUAGCAGCAAACAGUUGAAUCUUUUCUUCUUAUUCUUGUUCUUUUGUUGUUCAUGGGUCUCCAUGGCCCAACCCACUCUUUCUCUUUCAUCAGAUGGCCAAGCUCUUCUCUCUCUCAAGAGACAAUCACCAUCCUCUUCUUCAUCACUAUUCUCCUCAUGGGACCCGCUAGACCAGACACCAUGUUCAUGGUACGGCAUUACAUGUUCUGCAGACAACAGAGUGAUUUCUGUCUCUAUCCCCGACACUUUCCUUAACCUGUCUUCAAUCCCAGACCUAUCUUCUCUCUCCUCUCUACAGUUCCUAAACCUCUCCUCCACAAACCUCUCUGGCCCAAUCCCUCCUUCAUUUGGAAAACUCACCCACCUCAGGCUUCUCGACCUUUCUUCAAACUCUCUCUCUGGUCCAGUCCCAUCAGAGCUUGGCCGCCUCUCUUCUCUCCAGUUCCUUAUCUUGAAUGCCAACAAGCUCUCUGGAUCAAUCCCUUCACAGAUUUCAAAUCUCUUUUCUCUGCAAGUUCUUUGUCUUCAGGACAAUCUGUUGAAUGGUUCGAUUCCUUCAAGUUUAGGCUCUUUGGUCUCUCUUCAGCAGUUCAGGCUUGGUGGUAACCCUAAUCUCGGAGGACCUAUCCCUGCCCAGCUAGGGCUUCUGACGAAUUUGACAACUCUAGGGUUUGCAGCCACUGGUUUGUCAGGUCAAAUCCCUUCCACUUUUGGAAACUUGGUAAAUUUGCAAACAUUGGCUCUGUAUGACACUGAGGUCUCUGGUACUAUUCCACCUCAACUGGGUUUGUGCUCAGAGCUCAGGAACUUGUACCUCCACAUGAACAAGCUCACUGGAUCCAUCCCAAAGGAACUGGGUAAGCUCCAGAAGAUCACAAGCUUGCUUCUAUGGGGGAAUUCUUUAUCUGGAGUCAUCCCACCUGAGAUUUCCAACUGUUCUUCCCUCGUGGUGUUUGAUGUUUCGGCCAACGAUCUAUCCGGUGAGAUUCCUGGAGAUUUGGGGAAGCUUGUCUGGUUAGAGCAGCUUCAGUUGUCAGAUAAUAUGUUCACGGGUCAGAUUCCUUGGGAACUAAGCAACUGUUCAAGCCUCAUUGCUCUUCAGCUGGACAAGAACAAGUUAUCAGGCUCCAUACCCUCCGAAAUCGGAAACCUGAAGUCUCUGCAGAGCUUUUUCUUGUGGGAAAACUCGGUUUCAGGAACAAUUCCGUCUUCUUUUGGCAACUGCACGGACCUAAUCGCCCUGGACCUCUCUAGGAACAAGCUAACAGGAAGAAUCCCAGAAGAGCUCUUCAGUUUAAAGCGGCUCAGCAAACUUCUCCUUCUAGGAAACUCCUUAUCAGGUGGAUUACCAAAGAGCGUAGCAAAAUGCCAGUCGCUUGUGAGGCUAAGACUCGGAGAGAACCAACUUUCAGGUCAGGUCCCUAAAGAGAUAGGCGAGUUACAGAACCUGGUGUUUCUUGAUCUCUACAUGAACCAUUUCUCUGGUGGAUUUCCUUACGAGAUCUCUAACAUCACUGUGCUUGAGCUCUUAGAUGUGCACAACAACUACAUCACCGGAGAUAUUCCUGCUCAGCUAGGGAACCUUGUGAAUCUGGAGCAGCUUGAUCUGAGCAGAAACAGCUUCACCGGAAACAUACCUCUGAGUUUCGGCAACUUCAGUUACUUGAACAAGCUGAUCCUCAACAACAACCUCCUCUCUGGCCAGAUCCCUAAAUCCAUAAAGAACCUGCAGAAGCUUACACUUCUUGAUCUAAGCUUCAACAGUUUAUCUGGUGAAAUCCCACAGGAACUCGGUCAAGUCACAAGCUUGACUAUAAAUCUGGAUUUGAGCUACAAUGCCUUCACAGGAGACAUCCCUGAAACCUUCGCUGGCCUCACGCAGUUGCAAUCGCUCGAUCUCUCACGCAAUAUGCUUCACGGCGACAUCAAAGUCCUCGGUUCCCUCACGAGCCUAGCUUCUCUCAACAUCUCCUGCAACAACUUCUCUGGUCCUAUCCCAGCUACACCGUUCUUCAAAACGAUCUCCGCAAGUUCUUAUCUCCAGAACACCAAUCUAUGCCACUCAAUCGACGGUAUAACUUGCUCAUCACACACUGGUCAAAGCAAUGGAGUCAGAUCCCCAAAGAUCGUAGCUUUAAUCGCUGUAAUCCUCGCUUCAAUCACCAUCGCCAUUCUCGCCGCUUGGCUUCUCGUCUUACGCAACAACCACCGCUACUCAACUCAGAAAUCAGCGAUGAUAUCUUCUUCUUCUUCUCAAUCGACAGCAGAAGAUUUCUCGUACCCAUGGACAUUCAUUCCGUUUCAGAAACUCGGUAUCAGCGUCAACAACAUUGUGAAUUGCUUGAUAGACGAGAACGUGAUCGGGAAAGGCUGUUCGGGAGUCGUUUACAGAGCGGAAAUGCCAAACGGAGAGAUCAUCGCGGUGAAGAAGCUCUGGAAAACUAAAGACAACGACGAAGGAGGAGAACACGCGGCGAUCGAUUCAUUCGCGGCGGAGAUCCAGAUUCUGGGUAACAUCAGGCACAGAAACAUCGUGAAGCUUUUGGGUUACUGUUCGAAUAAAUCGGUGAAGCUGCUUCUCUACAAUUACUUUCCCAAUGGGAAUCUCCAGCAAUUGCUUCAAGGAAACAGAAACUUGGAUUGGGAAACUCGGUACAAGAUCGCGAUCGGAUCCGCUCAGGGUCUCGCUUAUCUCCACCACGAUUGCGUUCCGGCGAUUAUCCACAGAGACGUGAAAUGCAAUAACAUUCUUCUGGAUUCCAAAUACGAAGCGAUCCUCGCGGAUUUUGGACUCGCGAAGCUGAUGAAUUCGCCGAAUUAUCACACCGCCAUGUCUCGAGUCGCUGGCUCUUAUGGCUACAUCGCACCAGAAUACGGAUACACGAUGAACAUAACAGAGAAGAGUGACGUGUACAGUUACGGCGUCGUUUUGCUGGAGAUUCUGAGUGGCCGGAGCGCCGUGCAGCCACAGAUCGGCGACGGGCUUCACAUAGUGGAAUGGGUGAAGAAGAAGAUGGGAAGCUUCGAGCCGGCUUUAUCGGUGCUUGACGUGAAGCUCCAAGGUUUACCAGACCAGAUCGUUCAGGAGAUGCUUCAGACACUUGGGAUCGCGAUGUUCUGUGUGAAUCCGUCUCCUGUGGAGAGACCGACGAUGAAGGAAGUUGUGGCUUUGUUAAUGGAGGUUAAGUGUAGUCCAGAGGAAUGGGGUAAAACUUCGCAGCCUCUUAUAAAGCCUUCUUCUUCAUAACCAUCUGUGAUUGAUUGUUCGUUACUCCUUCUCGAUCUUGUUUCUUGAAUUAGGUCAAACUGGUUGAGAAUUUGUUGGCAGGUUUUGAUUUCUUGUAUAUAAUUAGAAGUAUCAAUGUACUAGUUUGAGUUCUUGUU